AUGUCCAGUCUCAAUCACAGCAAUCCGACUGCCCAGAUGCCAUUUUCGCCUAGCACCUACUAUUCUAUGUAUGGCAUGGGGAACAGUAUGCCUGGCCUCAUGUUGCCUCAUGUGUCACCUAAUACCAUGGGAAUUCCAAUGCUGCCACCCAACACACCGACAUUGAUCAAGCUGACAAACCCAGCUACGCCUGCAGUUGAAUCCUGGGACUGGGCAUCUAUCUUCAAGGAUCCGGCUGUAUCUUCUUUGCUUUGGGAAAUGAUCAGAGAAGGCAUCCAGGAUGAGCUAGCAAAGAUCAAACCCAGUGGAGGAACAGGAAUUUCCACACAGAAACAGCGAGACGGGGAUAUGGAGGAGGAGGUACAAACCAUGAUGCUUGGUCUUCUGGGAAUUACAAAAAAUGGUUGGCAGGCUUUUACACUCCCAGAUCCUCUUGCUGUGGAUGCACCACAACGAGUUGACAAGCAUGGAAAGGUAUUACACAAUCCCGAUUGGACUGCCAAGGUCCAGGCACCCAUCAACAUUGAGUUUCAGGCCAUCGCAACUGAACUGAUCAUGCAAAACAAGAAAUUACCUGAGGAUGCCAAGCCAGAUAUUGAAAACCGUGUGCAAGGCUAUUUUGAACGUCUGAAAGAGGUUUAUGCUCAACAAACCAAUGAUGACGCAUGCAGUAAGGGCAGCAAUAGAACAACCAACACUAGGCACUGCAAGCAUAAGAAAGGAAAGGCAACCACACUGCGAGAGGCAAUACCAAAGCUGAAGGAGAAGUAUGGUUCAGCAGUGGAUGGCAUUGAGCAUGCUGUUCUCACAGAUUACUUGUCUGAUGAACUGACUGACAUGGAAAGUCAUCAGUCUGGACGAUCCCAGCAUAAGCACUUAAAAGUGAGAAGACUGGCUUGGUGUAAUAAGCAUCUCAAACGUCUCUACUCAGCAUUAUGA